AUGGCUUCCGUACCGAAAGGCUACGGCCUCGCGAGGGUCUGCUCCCGAUGCUCAUUAGCCCUUCGAGUCCCGAGCGGCGCGAGGGCCCUGAGCACGACGAGCGCCAAAGCGUCGGUUCUUGCUACCUUCAAGCCGCCUAGAGCAAUCAACGAGCCCAACCAUCAUUACGGGAAGGGCUCCGCGCAGAGAGCAGGCCUCCUAGCUACCGUUACCACCCAACAGAAGAAAGGAGCGGUAGAUAUUCCGCUGGUAAUAGGGAGCAAAGAGGUCAAAACGGCGAAAAGGUCCACCCAGUAUAACCCGUCCGACCACGCUACCGCUGUAGCCAACUACUCUGUUGCUACCGCCGCUGAUGUCGACGCCGCCAUCGAUGCCGCCCUGGCCGCGAAGCCGGCGUGGGAGGCUCUGCCCUUCGCCGACCGAGCCGCCGUCUUCCUCAAGGCGGCAGACCUCAUCUCUACGAAGUACCGGUACGAGAUCAUGGCCGCCACGAUGCUCGGCCAGGGCAAGAACGCGUGGCAGGCCGAGAUCGACGCGGCCGCCGAGCUGUGCGAUUUCUUCCGCUUCAACGUCCAGCACGCUGAGGAGCUGUACGCGCAGCAGCCCGCCCACAACUCUCCCGGAGUAUGGAACCGGUUGGAGUACCGCCCGCUCGAGGGCUUCGUCUAUGCCGUCAGCCCCUUCAAUUUCACCGCCAUCGGUGGAAACCUCGUCGGCGCACCCGCCCUCCUCGGUAACGUCGUCAUCUGGAAGCCGUCCGACUCGGCCGUCGCCUCCGGCUGGUUGCUGCACAAGAUCCUGCUCGAGGCGGGCCUGCCUGAGAACGUGGUCCAGUUCGUCCCCGGCGACCCGGUGGAGGUGACCGGCGCUGUCCUCGCACGGCCUGAGUUCGCCGCUCUCCACUUCACGGGCAGCACGGCCGUGUUCCGCCAGUUGUACGGGCAGAUCGGGCAGGGGACGGCCGAGGGCCGGUACCGGAGCUACCCGCGCAUCGUCGGCGAGACGGGCGGCAAGAACUUCCACCUCGUGCAUAGGUCGGCGGACGUAGGCAACGCUGUGACGCACACGGUGCGCGGCGCGUUCGAAUACCAGGGACAAAAGUGUAGCGCGACGAGCCGGCUGUACGUGCCACAGUCACUAUGGCCGGAGCUGUCGCGGCGGCUCAUCCACGAGAUACGGGAGCUCCGCGUCGGCGCACCGUGGGAGCCGGCAGCGUUCGUCGGGCCCGUGAUCCACCGCGCAGCCUUCGAACGGCUCGCCCGCGUCAUUGACGAGGCGAAGAAGGACCCCGAGCUCGAGCUGCUGGCGGGCGGGACGUACGACGGGUCGAGGGGGUACUUCGUGCAGCCGACGGUGUACCGGACGACGAACCCGGCGCACCCGCUGCUGUCGACGGAGCUGUUCGGGCCGAUCCUGACGACGUACGUGUACGAGGACGCGGCGGGGGCGGGGGCGGAAGCGGAGGCGCGAGCGUUCGCGCAGGCGUGCGCGCUGGCGGACGGGACGAGCGCGUACGGGCUCACGGGGUCGGUGUUCGCGCGCGACCGGGCGGCGGUGCGGGCGGCGGAGGAGGCGCUGCGCGGCGCGGCGGGCAACUUCUACGUCAACUGCAAGAGCACGGGGGCCGUGGUCGGGCAGCAGCCGUUCGGCGGCGCGCGGGCCAGCGGCACCAACGACAAGGCCGGCAGCGCCAACAUCCUGACCCGGUUCGUGAGCCUGCGCAGCCUCAAGGAGGAGUUCGUGCCCGCCGAGACGGUGGCGUACCCGAGUAAUGAGGUCUGA